GAAUUAUCCAAAAACAGAUAUAACAAUACAAAUAAACAAGAAAUGGAGGCCUCCAGUCCUGUAAGCACACCAGAGAUUGUGUUCUUCGACUUAGAAACAACGGUGCCCAAUAAAGGUGGACAACGGUUCUGGGUACUGGAGUUUGGUGCAAUAAUAGUUUGUCCACGGAAACUUGUUGAGCUAGAUAGUUAUAGCACACUCAUAAGACCUAAGGACUUGUCUGCUGUUGCAUUGAAGUCUGGUCGAUGUGAUGGGAUAACUCGUGAAGCUGUCGCAAAUGCACCUGCAUUCGAGGAAGUUGCUGACAAAAUAUUUACCAUUUUGAACGGUAGAAUAUGGGCUGGACAUAACAUCCAAAGAUUUGACUGUGUCCGAAUUAAGGAGGCAUUUGCAGAGAUUGGUCGGCCUGCACCAAUGCCUGUUGGAAUGUUUGAUUCUUUAGGAGUUCUGACGGAAACAUUUGGCAGAAGAGCUGGUAACAUGAAGAUGGCAACUUUGGCUACUUAUUUUGGGCUUGGCCAGCAAAAACACAGGAGUCUUGAAGAUGUGCGUAUGAAUCUGGAGGUCUUGAAGCAUUGCGCAGCAGUUUUAUUCGUGGAAUCAAGCCUUCCAAGUGUAAUGAAUGGCAAAUGGCACAACCCUUCGACAAUGGUAACUCGAAGCAGAAGUAAUGGAAAACUUGUGUUUAGGGAAGAAAAUAGCCGGAAAUCUCCUCCAACUACUCUUGGAUACCGAAGAACAGUUCCCUAUACAAGGGGAAGGGUGGGAGAGAUGACAGAAGGAGUGAGAAAAUUGCUGUGUAAAGCCCAGGAGACAAAAUCUCUUAACAACAUGCUCAAGCAUUCUCAUUCGUUGUUCAGAUGAGCGAAGAAACAAGGGUUUUACUGCUCAUUUUGCAUCACUUUCUCUGUUUUGGUGAAGAUGGAUGCAUCAAGAGAAACGUACAAGAAAGUUCACGUUGGAUAGCAGAGAACGGCUGCCUUACCAAUAACGUGGAUAUCAUCACAAAUGGGAACGACUUACUAAGCCAUGCUGAAGAAGGCUGUUAACAUAUAUUUGGCGAAUCUAAUUUUCCACAGACAGCUUGAAAUUGGGGACUUGUAAAUGUCAAGUGGCUAAUGGCUUUAAGGUUCAGCUUGGAAGAGCAUAAAUCUAAUCUUUGUAACUAAGAUUAUCUGUCCUUCCUUCAAUUAAUUGAUUUAUUUAUUUCUCAA